AUCAUCCCAACACAAUCAUUUUUAUUUCUUUCUUCCUUCUUUCCUUCAUUGUUCAACACCACACGAAACAAAAACCUCCAGCCACUAGGAUUCCAGCACGCCAUUCCCUGAUUCCCUCUUCUAAUCUCAGUCUCCCCUUCCUUGUCGGAGAAUCAAGUUUCAAAGAUGGCAACAACAUUCACAUUCACACUCGCACUAGCAUUAUUCUCACUAUUCUCUCUCCUCAUCUCCGCCGCAUCCUCCGUCGUUAACUCUUCCUUCGUCGACCUCCUCUCUCACCGUCCCUUGCGCACCGGAAACCUCUGCGAUCAACUCAUCAUUCCCUCCGGUUACCCUUGCUCCGAACACACCGUUCAAACAAAGGAUGGAUUUAUACUGGCUCUUCAGCGCGUCUCAUCUCAUUCUUCGGAGAAAUUGAGGUCGCCACGAGGUCCUCCUGUGCUUCUUCUACAUGGACUAUUUAUGGCAGGUGAUGCUUGGUUUUUGAACUCAAAGGAAGAAUCUUUGGGCUUCAUUCUUGCUGAUCGUGGUUUUGAUGUGUGGGUUGCUAAUGUACGGGGGACACGUUGGAGUCAUGGACAUGUAUCUCUUUCAGAGAGAAGCAAGGCAUUUUGGGAUUGGAGCUGGGAGGAACUGGCUUUAUAUGAUCUUGCAGCAAUGGUACGGUAUAUAUAUAGGGAGACAGGUUCAAAAAUUUUCCUUGUUGGACAUUCACAGGGGACAAUAAUGUCUUUGGCUGCUUUUACUCAGCCAGACAUAGUGAAAAUGGUGGAAGCUGCUGCUUGUCUUUGUCCAAUAUCAUACUUGAAACAUGUGAAUGCACCAUUUGUUCUUCGGAUGGUUAAUAUGUACCUGGACAAGAUGAUUCUUGCAAUGGGCUUUCAUCAAGUAAAUUUUCACAGUGAUAUAGGAAUUCAGCUUCUGGAUUCUGUAUGCGAUGGACAUCUAGACUGUGAUGACUUGUUGGCUUCUAUAACUGGUAAAAAUUGCUGCUUUAACACUUCAAGAGUGGACUUUUACCUUGAAUAUGAGCCCCAUCCCUCAUCAGCUAAGAAUAUAAACCAUCUUUUUCAAAUGAUCCGUCAGGGUACCUUUGCCAAGUAUGAUUAUGGGAUAUUCAAAAAUAUGAGACUCUAUGGGUCUCUCAAACCUCCCAUGUUUGAUCUUAGCCUUGUGCCUGAGUCAUUACCUUUGUGGAUGGCUUAUGGGGGAAAUGAUGCUUUAGCUGAUGUGAUAGAUGUACAACGCACUAUGAGUGAGUUAACAUGCAAGAAAGAGGUGCUUUAUCUUGAUGAUUAUGGCCAUGUUGAUUUCUUAUUGAGUGUGAAUGCAAAGGAAGACGUAUAUGGACACAUGAUAGAGUUUUUCAGCUCAUGGGGUAAAUCAAGCACCUUCUAAGGGGCUGCUGCAUUGUUCAUCUAUUGUAAAGUUCAUAGCGACACAAUUGGUUGGGUGAAGAAGAUGAUAUAGAUUGAUCAUACAUAGAACAACUAUUCUCUGGCACUCUAUAGCAGGAUCCAUCGAGCUCCUUGUGAUGCUUGGUAAGCUCUUGCUUUCACCUUCACAUGUGUAGUGGUCUUACCCGUGUGAAUAUAUACAGCAUUUUAGGCACUAGAUAGAUCGUAGCUAGGAAGCAUGGAGCAGAUGCUGUAAGCUUACAUUACUCUCUUUCGAGUUUAUCCUACUUUCUUCCUUGCAAUUCCUGAAUGGCAAAUGGUGCUUUUCUGUUGUGGCAUUGUUUUAUUGUAUAUAUAUAUAACAUUCCAUAGUGUA